ACGCGCGCAGUCACAACUGGCAUCAGUCGACGGACGCGACGUGAGACCAGACGGAGCGGGUGAAACAACAAGGAGGAGAAGAAGAGGAGGAGGAGAAGAAGAGGAGAAGAAGGAGAAGAGGAGGAGGAGGAGGAGGAGAGUUCUGUCGGCCGACAUGCGGCUCCCCGGGCGCGGCGCGCUGCUCCUCGUCCUGAGCCUCGGGUCGGUUCGUCUCGAGAAACAUUCCCUCACGUACAUCUACACGGCUCUCUCCAAGGAUGUCGCGCCCCCCGGCAUCCAUCAGUUCACGGCCAUUGGGCUGCUGGACAACAAGGCCAUCGACUACUUUGACAGCGUGAACACUGAGAAAGUUCCCAAACAGCAAUGGAUGAAAGACCAAAAUGAAGAUGACUACUGGCGGAAAGGAACGCAGUCCCGCCAGAGCAAGAUGAAGUGGUUCCAGGUCAACCUGAAGAUCCUCAUGGACCGAAUGAGACAGAACCAAUCUGACGUCCACGUGCUCCAGUGGCUGCACGGCUGCAAGGCCGACAUGCAUCGCGACGGCAGUGUGAGUUUCAGCCAAGGCCUGGACAUGUACAGCUACGACGGGAACAACUUCCUGUCCUUUGACGACGACCACCUUGUGUGGGUCUCCUCGUGUCCUGCGGCGCAGCAGACCAAGAGGAAGUGGGACGAUGUCCCCUCCCUCAAGGAAUACACCAAAGGCUACUUGGAGAGGGAGUGUCUGGACUGGAUGAAGAAGUUCUUGGGAUAUGAACAAAAGCAGCUGGAAGCAGCUCCUCCACCGGAAGUGUACGUGUUUGCGAAGAACAGCAACAGGAAGAACAACGUGGUCCUGACGUGCCUGGCCACAGGGUUCAACCGGAAGGAGGUCACGCUGCAGAUGAGAAGGGACGGGCGUCUUCUCACGCCAGUGGACGGAGUGAUGAGCUCCGGCGUUCGGCCAAACGGUGACGACACCUUCCAGAGAAGAGACAGGGUGGAGAUUUUGAAGACGGACUCGUCCUCGUUCACGUGUGUGGUCGUUGAUGAAGCAACCAAUUUCAACGUUGAGAAGGUUUGGGAUCACAAACUUCUCGACGAGUCUGAAUCACUCGUCAUCGUCAUCGUCAUCGUCAGCGCUGCAGCGGGGGGGGUCGUCCUGCUGCUCGGGGUUCUUGUGGCACGUUGGUACAGAAAACGUAAGGGAAACGCUGGGAAACUUGGAACCAACAAUGUCCCAGAUGUUGUCGUCCCGGCAGCUCAGAACGACAACACACCGACACAACCUCUCAUGAACCAAAAGAGCGAAGAUGCUCUCGUCCCGGCACCUCAGAACGACAACACGCCGGACCCCAAAUCCAAGUCUGACGAACACAAACCUCUCAUCGGCAAAAAGAGCGACGGGUCGAAGGAGUCGCUGAGCAGCUCCGGGACGGACUCUGGAGUCUCUGUGGACUGUCUUCAGAACCAGACGGAGGACGUUGCAGCCGACGAGGUCGAAACCAACUAGAAAUCACGUAGUAGAGCUCAGACCUCUGACAAGACCCACGUUUAAAUCCACUCGGUCCACGUUUCCAUUGAACGAUCAUAUCCGAGCUUUUUGGAGCUCGACAGAUUUCUGUUGUUAUCAAAACCUGAUAUUUUACAGUUUAACCCUAAACUUGUAUCAUGCAUAACUAUUAAUAAAUAUAUAUGAAAUAAUAGCUUAUGCUAUAAGAUAGAAGUCUUCAAACUGGCGUUAACGCCGAGACUGAUAUUGUCUGUGGAGGACGCAUAUCGGCAGAUUUUAUCAGCCAAUCAAAUGGGUCGGGCUCUUUGAUUGUUUCAAAUUGAAUCCUUGUAAUACAAUAAAUGUAAUGUUUGAUUGCUGUGGAUCAGUGUGUUAACAGGUUUUUCAGCCUGAAUUAAAAAGAAUCUAUAAUUUGUCUCAAUGGAGUGAUAAAAAAACAGAUGACUCCAAACAAAUCAAGUCAGUUUUAUUUACAGUCUAUUUUUUUCUCUUGAUAAAAGUUAUUUAGACUCAAAUCUCCCUCAACGAGAAAACACUUAGCGACAGAGAUGCAGAAUCCUGGAGCGGAACCACGCUCAGGGUGUGACGUGACUUUUUCGAGUAGUAGUAUAUGUUCAAUACUCUGCUGUAAAUACAAGCUGUAUUUUUAAUAUCAUAUCAUUAUAUUUCCAUAUUAUGGUUUUUCAGCUUUGAAAUAUUGUAGCAGCCGUUUAUGUGCUGACACUGGAUUUAAUGGUGCAAAUUAUGAGACAUUUAAUCCAAGAUUAAAUUAAUACUGUUUGUUAAAGAAAAAAAUACAACUUCAAAUAUUUUUUCUUAUCUGGCGUCUCACGCUCACAUUAUAUAUUAUAAUUUUUUUCUGGUGGGAUGAAGUUAUGUAUUUUAUGCAAAUGGAUUAUUUUUGUUUGAUGUUUCUCUUUGUUAAACUGUUUUUGAAUAAUUAAAAAAAAAUUCUUGCAAACAAAUAUCGGUCUAACUGAUCGCACGUUGAGAUUACGUGCAAAGACAAUAAUUUCGUAUUGGUCAAUACUGAAAACUGCACUGUGUGAAACCAGAAUGUAUGACAGUCAUGAAAAAUAUGUAAUAUUUGUAAUUUCGGCCUAAAUAACUUUUGACUCAUUAGAAUCAUUAAUAAAUUACUGUUAGUCACUGCCAACAAUUUAGUAACGAAAUUGAAUGAAUGUUUAGUUUAAAAUUGUCAAGAGUCUGUUUUAUCUUUUUGUAUGUGGGAAUUGUUUUAAAGGUUUUAAUAAACUGAGUCAAUCUAUAAA